AUGAACUCGCAACACAACGACCCUGCCGCACCGUCGUCAGGCGAGAUGGCCAACGAACAUGCUGGGCUUCCAACUGCCAGUCCACAGCCUAUCUCUGGAUCGCCUCUCGCAGGCGAUCCUCGUCAUCACAGGACACCUAGUCUGGGCGAGAUCCAUCAAGUAAUAGAGGCGGAGCAGGAAGGCCAAGUGAAUCGCCUCUUGCACAUGAUCCGACAACAACAGCUAGAGCUCCAGCGCCUCCAAGCCGCCAACCCCAACAACCAAGGCUCUGCCGUAGACGACAGUAGUGCAAUCGCCGAGCGGCCGGGCCGCGGAACUCCUCAUGCCUCGAGCUCUCAUGUGUCUAUCCCCCAUGUUCCCACUGGUGAUUCAGGUUCUCGCUCCAACAGUCAUCGUCACCCUCGCAGCUCGUUCGACCUAGCCCGACGCUCCAGAACGCCCAGCCGCAGCGGCGCUUCCCCGAGACUUCGCUCAACAUCCAUAGGUGGAAACAGUGAGGACUGGGUUCUAGGCGGUCGAGACGAGAGUACGUUUUACCAGGCCGAGACUCAGAUGCUCACCCGUGAGAACCAGAUGCUUCGCAAUCGCAUCCGAGAACUCGAGAAACAACUGACAGAUGGCUCACCGGUCGCUCACGAGCAUCACUCACAAUCGAGGAGGUCUUCUACAAUAGCAGGCAAGGAUGCUGAUAAGCCCUCUACUGAAUAGAGUAAGGAUACUUGAGAUAAUUAUACCCUUGCUCUUGUUUACUCAGAAAUACACCAAGAGUUGAGGAUUAUCAUGGCGUUUAGCGACAAAGCCCAGUCUGGAAGUUGGGCUCGACCAAGGACAGGAAUUGAUAGGAAUGCAUAUGGCGUUAGUGAUUCAUACACUAUGCAUAUUUAUUAUGAUGAGCUCAUAUAGUGCUUUAAGGGAAGAUGGUAUUCUUGCAAGUAUGGAUGUGACAAAAUGUUACUGUAUGGCAAGCAUAUGAGAUAGCUAAGAGAUAGCGCGGGCGGCUUCAGGGUAUGGAACCCAUGAUGAGCGGUUAUUGUCUUCACAUACCAAAUCAAAUAAAAAAACAGA